AUGUCGGAUGAAUAUAAUUAUAAACUAAUUCGAAAUGAGAAAAUGCUUUUCGAAUUGCCCAUUUCGAAGCUCCCUCGCUUUGAGUUUGGGAAUGUUCUUCACAAACUGUGUAUUCAGCAAGGAAAGAAAUUGGAAUAUGAAAAGGAAGAGUUUGAUGUGAAGAAAACGCACGAAAACAGAUUUCAUGUGCGAGCCAAAGUCGAUGAUGUGCUUGUUGGAGAAGGGACGGGAAGCAGCGUCAAGAUUGCCACUUCGUAUGCAGCAUGGAAGGGACUAGAAGCGCUGGGAGUCUAUUCGGAGAAGGAAACAUAGCGAUUGGAAGAGAAU